AUGGAUAAUCGUCCUAUGAAUGUAGUCUUCCACAUCCUUGUGGAAUCCAACAUUUCCACCACUCUAAGCUCGGUUUCCAAUCCUUUUCCCUUGAGCCCCUCUCUUCUUUCUCAUCGUGUUGGUGCUCAUUUGAACUAUCCAUUACAUGCAUUCAUUGCAAAGAAGGCACAGGACUUAUCAAUGCAGCCACUCCCAAGAUCCUUCUCUCCUUUAGCUGCUCCCUUACCAUGUGACUUGCAUAUUGUGGGCCUUAAGGUUCCUUGGCCUUCAAAAUAUUCUCAGACCCCGGUUGAAGAUCCUAGGUUUGUUCUGAUCUUACAAAGGUAUCAUUGGGAUUCUUCAUACUGUCAGAAGGGCAGAUCACAAUUCAUCAGUGUUGCUGAUGAGCCAAUGAAUCUGUUCUACAUGUUCAAGGGGCUUGCAGUACUGAUUCUACUGAAUGCAAGAGCAACUUUUUUAGGUUAAGAGAGAGGUAUGGAAUGCAAUAAAUAAGGGAUAAUUAAUGAGGUACUAAUCCGAAUAUUACCAUUAAUGAUUGUCUUUUUUUUACCGUUGGAUCUAUUUAAAUCCAAUGGUUUAGAAAAUGUGUAACUUGAACCCAUCUCUCUCUCUCUC